CACGUCGUAGUUGCAUAUGGCGGAAAAUAGAGAAAAUGUAUCGACUGCCGUGGCCCCGCCGAUCAUGCCGGUUCCGCAGAUUGCCUAGUGUUUCCAACUCCUUGUCAUGUCAUCGCACGUACAAAUAACCGAAUGCUUUAAGAUGAAAAAGCCGAAGAGCUCGCCAGCAAAGGCGGGGCCGGCCUCUACACCCAAGCGACGCAGUGGCAAGUCGACUCCGAGUAAACUGGGACGCUCAACGCCACCCAAUAGCUCGAACGAAAGCAGUCCCCGAAACGUCCACGAUGAAUCGUACAGCCAAGCACCGGUGGAUCUCGACAACUUGAUCGUCGACGAGUUGCUAUGCUCCCAAGACGUCGUCAACAGCGAUGUCAUUUGGGACUGCAGUUCGCCACGCAGCCGGCUUGUACCGGCGCCUGGAGGAUCGGACGUGGAGAGCUUGGUCAAGUUGUUCCGCACAAAGCCUCAAGAAAUCAAACCAAUACCAUCCGCAUUCAGCAUCAUUGACACAAACUUCGUCAAGACCUCAGGAAAGGCUCCGACUCCAAGGAGAAAGAAGGGAAAUGGGAAGAAGGCAGCCAGUGCAGCCAGCGCCAAGGCGGUCAUGGACCAGAUGCAAGAACUGUGGGAUAUGGUGCAGCAGUCCAAGAAGAACGGCUUUGGGCUGGCUGCUGCUGCCAGCGUUUCUCAAGUCUCCGAGGACACUCAAGAUGCUGCAAGCACGAAGUCACCUGGUGAUGCUGCCAAGAAAGUGCGAGCGGACACAGUGCCGCAGACGGACACUGCCUCCACCGUCGCAGCGGCAGAAGCUCCAACAGAGGAGUCGGCGGCCAUUGUAGUCGUCGAAGAGGAAGAGGAUUAUGACAUGUGGCUGAUGGGUGAUGACAGCAUCUUGGUGGCCGCGACGCAAGAAAUCGAUGUGUCAUCACCAGCCAGAAAGUGUUCCAAGACACCGACGCGAGGGAACAGACCACAGCUGCCGAGUGUGGGCUGCGGUGCGGCUUGUAUUACCGACACCAACUCACCUGCAGUGCGCAAGACGCCACCCUCGGCAUCACCAGUGCACCGGCAGGAGGGUCAUUCCACUCCAAACUGGCACAUGGGUGCCACCCGCAAGUCGCCACGGCUCUCCAUGCUCUCCGUCAAACGUACACCCUCUCCGUUGCGAGCUUCGUCGGCAAAGACAAGGAAGUCCUCUGAACUGGUGAACCAUGCCGAACCUGUGAAUCCCAGCGAAGUUCCGAAGCGUGCCGAACCUGUAAAGACUGCCGCACCUGUAAAAACUGUUGAACCAGUGAAGGCUGCCGCACCUGUAAAGACUGUUGAACCGGUUCCAGCCAUCCAAUCAAGCUCAAGAACAUCAUCGACGGACUUGCUCUUCGAUGAUGACGACGAAGACGAACUCCUCGACCAAAUAUGUUGCACCUACGAGCAGCAACAACAGGUGGAUGCCAAAACAGCAGCUGGUGCUUCGGCAUCUUCGUCGAAGACGUCGACGUUGUCUACAGUCACUCCCACUCGCAGCACGACGUUGACAUCGCAUUCCGUAACAGUUGUCUCCUCUAUUGCCUCGAAGUCCAGCACCACACUGUCCUCGAAAGCUGAAACUCCCAAAGCAAUGGUAAUUAAGAGCUGUCUCAGUGCAACUUCCGUUAGGCAAGUCGACCAGCCCAAGGGUGGUCCUAAAAAUGUACCCAUUCCGGCACGACCCUCGUCGUCUCUCCGUGCAACUGUGUCCGUUUCGGCACUUAAUCAGAGCUCGAACUCUACAACAAAACCUGGAUUCUCAGCUCUGUCGAACACUACCAACCAGCCGAAGCCAGGAUCCACGCACACAGGCUCGUUUCAGCAGCCAAGAGUGAUGCUCGAGCGAUGCGUUGCAACAUCAGUGAAAGCACCACCACACGGAAAGGGCCCAUCAUCUUCAUCGGCUCCCGUCUCCACCGCGUCGAAGCCCUGCCUGAGCACAAAGUCCCCCUCAGAGCGACCGUCUCUUGGCACGGUACGUCCGCAAAGUGCACUUGUCAAGACUCUGUCAAGGAGUACGGAUGCUGCCCUGGACUUUGACGACGAUGACUCAGACCUAGCAACACCGGAGGUCAUGUCAUGGCUGGAAGAGGUUGAAUCUCAGCCUGUACAAGUCAAGCGCUGCACGCCAGAGGAAAUUGCCAAGAAGCGAGCGGAGGCACUUCGGCGACGUCGUCUCAGGGAACAAGAGUCGAACAAGUGGAAAGGCCGCCUUCGCAUGUCAAAGUGAAAGUGCAUUGCCGAAUCUGUGGUGCGCUUAAACGAACAUUGACCGAAGCUGAAGAACCUACACACAUGCAACUACUUCGUUCAAGUCAUGUACGUCUGGACUGGUUCUAAUGGCAUUCUGACCACAGUGUGUUCUACAAGACCUUCAGGAGCAGCCGUGUGACUCGGGUUGUGGGCCUACCCGGAGAGUGUCUCGCAGUGAACACGAGGGCACUGAAGGGUUGAGUCACGUGUGCAUCAGUGUGAGUGACACCGAAAGCACUUUGAGUAAAGAUGACUUGCGUCAUUCACUGUGCAAGUUGCACCAGUGCAUUCCAGUAUUGUUAGGCUGCCUGAAAGGUUGCGCGGUCCAGACCAUGUUGUGUAGUGUCUUAGUGACUUGCAUAUGAGGGCUGUUGUGAACGCCUCGAGCAUUCUCACCAGUGUAGCUGAUAAACCCAUCGUUGCACAAAUAGCACCUAUCACUCAUCAGCACACACUGUGAAUUGCUUUUGAGGAGUCUUCAUGAAGUGUGUUUUGGCUGGUCAGUGACUGCGGCCUUCAUUGCCUCCUUGAACAAUGACUGCAGCUGAUGAGAUCAUGAGUGAUGCUUUCCGUGUUGUGUUCUGUGAAACAUCUCAGUGUGUUUGGUGCUGAAAGAUCAUGUGUAUCGGGUUGAUUUUUGUUCUCUUUUUUGUGUGUCAGAGCAGGUGUUGCUCUGCCAUUAAGUUGUCCAAGUGUACCGUGUGCUGUUGCUUGGUUGCACAAGAAAGGCAUGAUGGCUGCCUGCAUUCUGCACAGAGGUUGAUUGCACCGAUGAACCUCUUCUAUCACAACUUUUUCAUGCAACGCCCAACACCUUAACUAAGCCGAGCAAUAAGCUUGCAGUGUGUGCCAUUAGGAACACACUGCUGUCACUGAGAGCUUUGUGUCAUGGCUGAUAGGCUAGAGUUUCCACUGAGAGACUUUCUUUGCAGAAUGUGCCUUGCAAGAAAGUUUCCACUGGGCCCACAUGUGCUCUUUGAACUUCCGGAGUAGUUCUCAGAUGCCACUGAGUACAGCUGUUACAGGUUCUCAGAAGUUCCACAAGAUGGCGACCCUGCCCAGAAGUGUCUGUAGCCAUAUUGGUUGCUUACAGGCACUGUUGAUCAAAUCUGUGGUGACAACCUAGUCUUAUUAGCACUAAGCAGGAGUCGCUCAGUGUGAUUCUGCUUACACACUUACGCACAUUGGGUCACAUAUGUUGAACAAGUUUUCAGCAAAGCCCGACACUUGUAACGGCCAUCUUUCCAUUGCUCUGCACGUUGUUGUACCACGUGUCUUCCGAGCAGGUUAGACGGACUCUGUUGUCGCGUACGGGUGUAUGCUUCUACCUUGAGCAGCUGAACUUGAAAUUUUGCAGUAGUUUAAGAUUCUGUUUGAGCAGCAUAAGUUCGUUGAAGAGGCUUGCCAGCAAUUAGUGUUGUUUUUGUGCUGGGUAUGAACUUCUGCCUUUUGUUUUCCGUUGUCUGUUGUUUUGUCUCUCAAAAAUUGCAUAUUAUACAAGCGACAUAACUUUCUUUACAAGACUUUCAGUAGUGUGUACAGUGCCCGGCGAUUGAAAUGUGAUACCUGAAGCACGUGGUGGCCAGCACUUGUUCUGAUGACGGUGAGGAGUGAUGUUGUUUCUUGUGCGGUAAUUGUGCAUCACAAAUGUGCUCACCCUCAGCGUGUACCAUAUUGCAUCAUAUAGGUUUCCCUGACACCCAACAUUGCAACAAUUAUCAUUGGAAGCAGUGUGCUUCAAGUGUCACAUUUUGAAUCUCUGAACACUGUAUGGACAGUAUAGGCAAACAGUAAUGCUCUGUACACCCGUACUCCUUGUAAAUUCUAGCACUUGAUAUCUUUGUAGCAUAUUUUUCUACUAUAAACUACACAAGUGUCUGACAGAGUUUUCUGUAGACCGGAUGGCGUCCUCCUCUUGCUCUGGUCCCAUCUCUAUGAAAUAAUAAACCAA